AUUCUCCUACUCUCUCAAAUAUUUUUACAAAGUCUAUUCAUUUUGUCUAUUACGUUUCAUAUUCAAUUUCACUCUACAUCUGCUGUCAAAUGAAAAUUUUUGAAAUUAUACAAUUGCUGACUGCCUUAAAGAUUCGACGUUCGAGAUUCGAAAUACAUAAGUGAAUACUCCACGUUGGUUCAUUGCGUUGCCGACAUGGCCUCCAAGAAGAAGACGAUGCUAUGGGAGCCGCACUACGAUAGCUCCUUGAUGAAGACAACCACACAAAUCAUGCUGGAGGAGGGCUCUCAGCCACAGCGCACGCUCUGCACCACCGAUCACAAGUUGGUCAACUUCCAGUCGUUCAACAUGGAAGAUCCACGCUAUGGGCCUGUGGACCAGGAAGAGGAACUAAUACAGCCCAUGAAAUCUGGUUAUAUGCGUGAGUAUACGCAGCCCUAUCCCUCACGCUGCAAGCCUCUGAAGCCGAAAGGGGAAACGCCAGACUUUAUGUUGAAUCGUUUGCCAAAGAACGACUUUGAUCCGAUCACGGGCACCUAUUACAAAUUUCUAGAUGAUCACAUGCACAAUAUACCCGAGGUGCGCAAAAAGGUCAAUUUUUUCAGGCAGUUGAGGAAUCAAUCAUUUUUGCUUUAUUGAGAGCAGCAAAAUUAUUCAUUUUGUUAUUACCUGGAAUUGGGCUCGAAAUAAAAUUGUAGAAAUUGUUGUUGUUGUUGCAAUCGAAAGCUAUAAGUGAAGUAUUCAUUAAAGAUCUUCUAGUAAUGUUCCAAUUGAAA